AUGACGGACAUCACAGCGCUAGUGCAUCAACGUGGACAGGCCAAGGCGCAGGUCACGAAGAUUCGGAAGGCGUUGGAAGGUAUGGCAGGAGCUGGGUCCACUGCUCCGAGUACGGCGAUGCUGGCUGUGUAUUCGAAGAAGCUGGACCGCUUCUACAGUGAGUACCGUGAGUAUCACAACCAGAUUGUUGCGGUCAUUCCCGAUGACCACCUGAACGAGCAAAUCGAAGCGUACGAUUUGUUCGAGACGCAGCACACUGAAACGUGUGUGCUGCUGGAGACGAUUGUGCAAUCCAUCAGCGAUGUGGCACAACCUAGAGCACAAGCGAAUACGCAGCAGCAGCCAGACCCUCCUCGUAUAAUUGUGCAGCAACAGCCGUUGAAGGCACCGAUUCCCCCCUUCGACGGGAAGCCGGAAAACUGGCCACGCUUCAAGGCCAUGUUUUUGGAUGUCAUGCGCACAUCAGCCGACUCAGACGCAAUCAAGCUCUAUCAUUUGGACAGAGCUCUGGUCGGCACAGCUGCUGGGAUAAUCGAUUCUCGCACGUUGAGCCAGAACGAUUACAAGCACGCGUGGAAGAUACUGGAGGACAGAUACGAGGACAAGCGGGUCAUAGUAGACGUCCACAUCAACGGCCUGCUGGCACUUCCAAAGGUGCAUCGAGAGAACGCCAAGGAACUCAGAGCGCUUAUUGACGAGGAGCUACCGGAGUAUGAAGACACCAUCGAGUUUCUGAAGAAACGAUGCGCUGUGCUGGAACGUGUGGAAGCAUCGUUGGCCAAGCAAGCUUCUACAUCGAAGACAUCGGUUGCUGCGAAGAAUCCGGGACACCAACCGAAGAACGCAACAUCGAAGACGUAUGCUGUUACGACCAAGGACCGGACGUGUGAGCUGUGUGGGACCGGAAACCAUCCGGUCUACAAGUGCGAAGCCUUCAGGGAGAUGACCGUCGCUCAUCGCCAGGCCAAGUCCGCUCCAACGGUUUCGUGUUCGAUGAAGCAGAUGCCUCGUGUUUGUAACAGUUUGCUCAUGACAGCGAGGGUUCAAGUGAAAGAUGUGAAUGGGAAUCUGAAGUCUUGUCGUGCCCUUUUGGAUUGUGGUUCUCAGGCACAUCUUGUGUCGAAACGUUUUGUGGAAUCGUUGAGUCUGCCGUGUUUUUCCACCAAGGUUGAUGUUGUAGGUGCCAAUGGUCAGCAGUCCUCCAUCUCGGAAAUGGUUAAUCUUGAAUUGCGUUCGUGUUAUUCUGACUUCCGCGGUCAGUUGCAGUGCCUGGUUGCAGAUCCAGAGUUCUACAAGCCAGGUGACGUUGAUUUGCUUAUUGGAGUUCAAUUGUUUUUUGCGCUUCUGAUGCCGGGACAGUUUAAGAUAGCUGAGAAUCUUCCUGUUCUUCAAGAGACUCGUUUGGGAUGGGUCGUUGCCGGUUCCAUUGACGAUGUUGGUUCUCCACGCGUUGAGCAGCAUUGCUACACGACUAGUCUUCAAAAUCUUUCUGAAACGAUGGAAAAGUUUUGGUCAGUUGAAUCAGUGGAUUCAUGUGAACUUCUCACCGGAGAAGAGCAGUUGUGCGAAGAGAUUUUCUGUUCCACCACUCGUCGCGAUCAGAGUGGUCGCUAUAUCGUUCAGUUGCCCCUGAAAGAGUCGGUUUUCCAGAUGGAAAGCAACCGAUCUAUCGCCCUACGUCGUUUCUUUAUGAUGGAACAGCGGUUCCAGAAAGACCCUGAAUUGAAAAAGCUUUAUGUUGAGUUCAUUAACGAAUACAAGACCCUCAACCACUGUGAACCAAUCGAUGAAUCACAGGAUCCUCCUAAUCUUGUGAAGUACUACCUUCCUCACCAUGCGGUGUUGAAACCGAGCAGCUCUUCAACGAAGUUGAGAGUUGUGUUUGAUGCUUCGUCGAAGGCAAAGGGGCCUUCUUUGAAUGACUGUUUGAUGAUUGGUCCAGUGGUUCAAAACGAUCUCUUUUCCAUAAUCCUACGUUUUCGCAAACAUCGUUAUGUGUUCUCCGCCGACAUCAGUAAGAUGUACCGCCAAAUUCAAGUAGACCGUAUCCACACACCAUUGCUUCGAAUUUUCUGGAGAGAAAAUCCUACCGAUCCGUUGCAGGUUCUUGAAUUAACGACGGUUACCUACGGCACAUCUGCUGCGCCAUUCUUGGCCACAAGAUCGCUUCAACAGCUUGCUUUCGAUGAAAGUACUCGCUAUCCGUUUGCCGCUCAGAUUGUUCUUGAGGAUUUUUAUGUUGAUGAUGCCCUGACCGGUGCUGAAACAGUUGAAGAGGCUAUUCAACGUCGUGUAGAGCUUACAGAAAUCCUCAGCUGUGGAGGAUUUCCGAUCCACAAAUGGUGUUCUAAUGAACCAGCCAUUCUAGAGACCGUUCCAGAGAAGGAUAGGGAACAGUUUCUGUCGUUCGAAGAUUCAGACAUCAAUCAGGCUAUCAAAACGCUAGGCCUGCUUUGGGAUCCAGCAGAGGAUGUUUAUCGCUUUCGUUUGGAUCUCCCUAGUCUCGGUGACUGUUCACCGACUAAACGAAACGUCCUGUCGCAAAUUGCGAAAAUCUUUGACCCUCUGGGUCUAAUUUCGCCUGUUGUUGUUUUCGCGAAGAUCAUUAUGCAGCAAAUUUGGAUGAGCAAGCUGAAGUGGGAUGAUGUUUUGGAUGGUAAGUUGCUGCAAGCAUGGAUUGUGUUUCGGGACACUUUGAAUCACAUACACGAGAUCAAGAUCCCACGGUUUUUCGGUGCAGUUAAUCCUGUUCGUUAUGAGAUUCAUGGAUUUGCGGAUGCGUCCAGUGUAGCGUAUGGAGCGUGUCUGUACAUUCGCGUGAUCACUCAGGAUGGAGUGAAGGUGUCGCUUGUUUGCAGCAAGUCGAAGGUUGUUCCAAUCAAAGGAUUGACAAUCCCUCGGUCUGAGCUUUGCGCUGCCUUGUUGCUCGUUCGAUUGUUUUUGAAGGUGUAUCCGGCUGUAAAAAUGGAGUUUGAAUCUGUGCAUUUCUGGUCGGACAGUCAAAUUGUAUUAGCGUGGUUGCGGAAACCUCUACCGCAACUCAAUCUGUUCGUUCGCAAUCGAGUAUCAGAGAUCGUCGAAGGUUCGUCUGGUGCCGAUUGGAAUUACGUCAAAUCUGCCGAAAACCCGGCUGACGUUGUUAGUCGUGGUCAACCUCCUCAGUUGCUUGUGUCGAAUGAACUCUGGUGGCAUGGGCCACAGUUCUUGCGUAGUCGUACCUACCGAGUUGAUGAACCCGUGCUUAUUUCCGAUGAUGAACUUCCGGAAUGGAGUCCAGUUACCAAUACCUCUGCGGUGUCUGUGCCGGAGCCUCUCCCAGUGAUGACGGCCUUCGGUUCUUUUCGAAAAUUACAGCGUGUGAUAGCGUAUGUGCGAAGGUUUGUAAGGAAUGCGAGAUCCGCUAAAUCGCAGCGAAUCACGUCGCGAUAUCUAACCGUACAGGAAAUGCGUGAGUCGAUGAAUGUGAUUGUGAAAUACAUCCAGAGAAGCGAGUUUGCAGAUGAGAUCGGUCGUCUUGAAUUGAAAUAA